AUGUCAUUUCAGGAUUUGGUGACAUUUGGGGAUGUGGCUAUAGAUUUCUCUCAAGAGGAGUGGGAAUGGCUAAAUCUUGCUCAGAGGAAUUUGUACAGAAAGGUGAUGUUGGAGAACUACAGGAACCUGGAAUCGCUGGGAGUUUCCGUUUCAAAGCCAGAGGUGAUCUCGCUUCUGGAGCAAGGAAGAGAGCCCUGGAUGGCAACGAAGGCCAGGACAGAAGGCACAUGUUCUGAUUUGGAGUAUGCAUUUAAAAACAGUGAAUUUUCAUCAAAGCAAGUUAUUUAUGAAGAAUCAUCCAAAGUAGUGACUACAGGAAGAAGCCAUCUUAGUUACAGUCUUGAUUGCCCCAGUUUGAUAGAAGACUAUGAAAGUGGGGACUGGUUUAACAACAAGUUGCAAAGUAAGGAGGUACAUCCUAGUCAACUGAUCAUCACGCAUAAGGAAAUCCUUACUGAAGAUCAAAGUAGUGAAUGUACUAAAUCUUGGCAAACUUUCCACCAGGAUGCAAUAUUUGCUAUAAAACAGGGUUUUCCCACCAAAGAAAGAGCACAUAAGCAUGAGCCACAAAAGAGAAAAUACCGCAAAAAAUCUGUGGACAUGAAGCCUAAGAAAGUCUAUGUAGAAAAGAAACUUUUGAAAUGUAAUGAGUGUGAGAAAGUUUUCAACCAGAGCUCAUCCCUUACUCUUCACCAGAGAAUUCAUACUGGGGAGAAACCCUAUGCCUGUGUUGAAUGUGGGAAAACCUUCAGCCAGAGUGCAAACCUGGCUCAACAUAAGCGAAUACACACCGGGGAGAAGCCCUACGAAUGUAAGGAAUGUAGGAAAGCCUUCAGCCAGAACGCACACCUCGCUCAGCACCAGAGAGUUCACACUGGAGAGAAACCUUACCAGUGUAACGAGUGUAAGAGAGCCUUCAGCCAGAUUGCACACCUGACGCAACACCAGAGGAUUCACACUGGAGAGAGACCGUUUGAAUGUAUUGAGUGUGGAAAGGCCUUUAGUAACGGUUCGUUUCUUGCUCAGCAUCAGCGGAUUCACACAGGGGAGAAACCUUACGUAUGUAAUGUGUGUGGGAAAGCCUUUAGCCAUCGUGGUUACCUAAUCGUGCAUCAGAGGAUUCACACCGGAGAGAGACCUUAUGAGUGUAAGGAAUGCCGGAAGACCUUCAGCCAGUACGCGCACCUGGCUCAGCACCAGAGAGUCCACACUGGAGAGAAACCGUAUGAGUGUAAGGUGUGUAGGAAAGCCUUCAGCCAGAUCGCAUACCUCGAUCAACACCAGAGGGUCCAUACUGGAGAGAAACCCUAUGAAUGCAUUGAAUGUGGGAAGGCCUUCAGCAAUAGUUCAUCGCUGGCACAACACCAGCGGAGUCACACGGGAGAGAAACCUUACAUGUGUAAGGAGUGCAGGAAAACAUUUAGCCAGAAUGCAGGCCUUGCUCAGCACCAGCGGAUCCAUACUGGAGAGAAACAUCACAAGAGAAUUCACGCUAUGGAGUCUUUCUUGAGUCUCUCCUCUUCCUCACCCUCCAUGUCCAGCCAUUUGCCAAAAGCUAUAGGUUUUAUCUCCUAAAUCUGCCUUGAAUCUCACUCCUUUAAUCAUUUCCACCCCAUCAUCUUCAUCCAGUGCACAAUCAUCUACUUGACAUGGUCUAUGGAAAUAACUUCCUAACUGGAUUCCUGUGUUGACCACUUACUUUGUCAGUUGUCACACUGCGGACAAACCUAUUAAAAAUAGUUUGAUCAUA